AUGGUUCGAAAUGAUGUCAAUUGACUAAUUUGGAGUUACUUUUAGGAGCGCGAUCACUCGCGCGGCGGUGAUGCGGCGAUGGCGUCGCGGCGCGUGACGCGCAAGUGGGAGGUGUUCGCGGGGCGCAACCGCUUCUGGUGCGACGGGCGGCUCAUGACGGCGCCGCACCCCGGCGUGUUCGCGCUCACGCUGGCGCUCAUCUGCGGCACGUGCGCGCUGCACUUCGCCUUCGACUGCCCGUUCCUGGCGGCGCGCGUGUCGGCCGCGGUGCCGGCGGCGGGCGCGGCGCUGUGCGCGAGCACGCUGGCGGCGCUGCUGCGCACGGCGCUGUCCGACCCCGGCAUCAUCCCGCGCGCCGCGCCGGCCGAGGCGGCGGCGCUGGGCGCGCUCGAGGCGGACGCGGGCCGGCCGCCGCCGCGCGCGCGCGAGGUGCUGGUGCGCGGCCGCCCCGUCAAGCUCAAGUACUGCUUCACGUGCAAGAUGUUCCGCCCGCCGCGCGCCUCGCACUGCUCGCUGUGCGACAACUGCGUGGACCGCUUCGACCACCACUGCCCCUGGGUGGGCAACUGCGUGGGCCGGCGCAACUACCGCUACUUCUACGCCUUCGUGGUGUCGCUGUCGUUCCUGGCGGUGUUCGUGUUCGCGUGCGCGGUGGCGCACCUGGCGCUGCUGGCGCGCGGCGCGGGGCUGGCGGCCGCGCUGCGCGCCUCGCCCGCCUCGGCCGUGGUGGCGGCCGUGUGCUUCCUGUCCGUGUGGUCCGUGCUGGGCCUGGCCGGCUUCCACACCUACCUCGCCUCCACCGACCAGACCACCAACGAGGACAUAAAGGGGUCGUUUUCGACGCGACGCGGCGUCGCCAACCCCAACCCCUACUCGCGCGGCAACGCCUGCGCCAACUGCUGGCACGUGCUCUGCGGCCCGCUGGCGCCCAGCCUCAUCGACCGGCGCGGCGUGCUGUCGCCGGACGCGCGCGACGAGCUGCCGCCGCGCUUCGCGCAGGUGCUGUGCUCGCCCCCCGCGCCCGCCCCCGCCCCCGCGCCCGCGCCCAGCGGCGAGCCGGCGCGCCACGCCUACAUGAACCACAGCCUCGACCUCGACCCCGUGCCGCUGCAGGCGGGCGCGGGCGGGGGCGCGGUGGCGGGCGGCGGCGCGCUGAGCGCGUCCCGCCUGCGCCUGCUGCACGACACCACCAUGAUCGACGCCGCGCUCGACCUGGACGAGCCCGACGCGCCGCCCGGCCCGCUCGGCCCACUCGGCGCGCACCCGCCGCCCGCGCCGCACGUGUCGCACCACGCGCACCAGGCCGCGCCGCCGGUGCUCGCGCUCGCGCUCUGA